AUGAGAUAUUGGUAUGGUUGCAAUUUCCUUCCUUUCUCCCUCCCUUCCUGCAUACCCUACUUGUUCUUUCCAACGGAGAAGUUACCACCACCAACCACUUCUCAUCGAGGACGAAGGAGCACACUACCACAUACCAACCCCUCCGAGACUUCAACAUGGGUUCAGAGAAUGACCGCCGCGGCCCAAAACGGAGUCUCGGACUUCAUUAUCGUGCAUAAGGCCACAGCGUCUCCGAUCGGAAAAAUCGGUGUUUGGCAAGACCAGGAGAUCGGGUUCCUCCUCUCUCGCUCGUAUUGGGGACAAGGCCUGGCACAAGAAGCGUUGCACGGUGUAUUGCCCUAUCUUUUCGGAGAAAAGGGUAUGGAAGAGAUUACCGCGGAUGUCGACCCACGGAAUCACAGGAGUAUCAGGCUUUUGGAGAGAGUUGGGUUUGUGACAACAGGAUUCAAAGAACGGACGUGGGAGAUUGGGAGCGAGUGGGUUGAUAGUCUGUAUUUGGGGCUGAGGAGGGAGAGGUGGGAAGGAGGACACAGUAAGGACAGUGAUCGCGCCGAGAUGAUCACCACGCCAAAUAGAGCAAAGAGCUCCAACGACGGCUAG